UCAGCAGCAGCACCACCUUGCAUUUGUUUAAACAGCAUUUGAUUAUUUUUUGAAGGGAUAACAGUCCACAAAAAAUGUAUCACUUUUGGUUGGGUUUCCUUCAUGUUCUCUCAAGGCCUCAUAAAUUCUCAUUGCUUUUGCAUAUGCCAUCUUCCAGCUAAAGGGGUUACAGUAGAACUUGCCAAAACUGCACUUUAAAAUGAUGGGUUUAAUAAGAAGCUCUCUGAGCAAAUUGUUCCCAAAUGUUUUCAGCUCAAAAAACUUGCAGGCAGUUUCUUGCAAAUUUUGUGAGUCUGUCUGCCUCUGAGGAUCAGGCCCUGGGGACUUGAUUGGGAGGGUUUUGCUAGCUUGAGACAUUUUCUUCAGGAGCACUAAACAAAUGCUAUUUUUUUAACAUGUCUUGUUUUUAAAAACUGUUUAAAGUGGAUAAUUUCUGGCAGUUGGGAUAUAACCUUUAAAACAACAGGCAGCAGCAGAAAUAGUACAGAGCUGGCAGCUGUAUGUCUUGCAGUGCUUGGGCUGUAAGUGUGAGAGAGCAGAGAAAUCUCAGCUUUUAUAUCAUCUGGUAAGUAAAGUAAGAACUAAUUUAUAUUGCUUUUGAAGUCUAAAAAAGUUGUGUGUUGGGGUUGUUAUAAUUACUGGUGAUCUUAUGCCAGGUAGGAUGCCAUGAGUGUGUCAUUUUAGGUUUGCCUUGGCCUGGCUUUGUCUGACAGUUAAUGAUUUCUGUUGCCAAUUUAUGAGCCUUUUAUUCUCAAUCAUCUUCGUGGAGUAGUUGGUAUUCUGUAGGAUAGGGUGAGGGGGUUGAUUUGGUGGGGGUUUUCAACAGUAAUUCAGACUCAGUAUUAUUCUCUUUUCAGGAUGGUGCUGUUGAAUUUUUGCACAUAGUACAAUGAGAUUUGUCUGUUGGGAAAACGAGCUAUGUAUGCUCUGGAGUGAAUCCAUUAAUUUAUCUUCUGUUCAUCUUGUAAUCACCUUGUAGUGGGAAAAUGUUUUUUAAUGUGUAAUGAAUUUAGCUUAAAGUAGCAAAUACAUAUUAAGACAAACUUCUUAAAAGGUACUUAAGUGUUUUAAUCCCACUGGUUAAAAAUCACACAAGGGACUGCAUUUCACGUCUCUCAUCUUUUAGUCCUGUCACUUAAAACUUCAGUUUGUAACAGCUUUGAGAAGUUUUGGGACGGAAGGUGCAAUGUAAAUAGUAGGUUUUUGUUUUAUUCUUUCUUAUGAUCUACUUUGUUCACUCUAUUUAAACAAGUAUUCUUACACUUGAGAUGGGGAAUUAAAACACGAGCAGUAAUAGAGAAAAGCUUUCUACGAGUAAGCCUAAAUUCAGCAGGGUUGAAAACCUGCUUAGUCCUGUCGAAUAAACAGAAUAACUCUGAGGGGACUGUACCUACACCCGAAUUUCUAAAGCCAGAGUUCCUUGUGAGGGAAGGAGAGCAGUGCAGCUCAUUGUGUCAGGAAAGGGGCUUCCUUCUCCUUUCAGGCCUUGAGGGAGCAUUUGAUGAGUGCAGUUAAUACCUGCUCACAGCCCGUGCAAAGAAACUCGAGUCCAGUAGUUCAUUAAAUUCCCCAAAAUACUUUAAAACGUCAUCUAAGGGGACAAGUGUUGCAAUUCCAGUGUCCAAAUUCAUUACUCCUAGGUUUGGAGGUUCUGCCUUGUCCCUCUGCUGUUCCUGUCCUGCUGUGGGAGACAAGUGUGCAAGUUGUCCUUUGAUGGUGGUCUCACUAAUGUGUGGUGUCUUGCCCUGGAGAGUAACUAAACUGUGUGUUCUGUCAAGGUGGCACUGGAUGUGUUGCAUCACAGGAGGAAGAUGCUGUGCAAGGGUGUGAUUUAGCCAGAAACUUUCAACACAAAGAACAACUUCGUCUCACGAAACCACAGCCCCCUUUUGCUGGGUGACCCCAGAAGAAAUGUCCAGACUUUUGAAGAUAUGUUUCUUGUUGAUAUCAGUGAAUCAUGCUGAGAUUAUUCACAGUCAGAGCUCUGAAGAUUUGCCUCCAUUAUUACACAAAGCUCUGGAGGAAAUAAUAACUGGGAAAUAUCUGAAUGCCCUCCUUGAUAUACUUAAUUUUCAAAGUUCUAAUGUCUGGACAGCAGAUAUGCUUACAAAAGUCAUGGCAUAUUUUCAUGCCCAGGAAGUUAUGUUUACUCUUAGCAGCCUCCAGAUGUCCAUACAAAGUUACCUGAAGAACCUUUUAUACCAGCCUAGGCAACUACUGUCUGAAUUUCAACAACUUGAUCAGCAGCAGUUCCAAACUGCAAUGAAGUAUCUCUUCAACAGCAAGAAGGAGCAUCUUGAAACAGGAAAUAUUAUUCUUGAUUGGGAUGAGACUAGAGAGAGAAUUUUUCAAAGCCCAGGAGUAAACAGGACCUUGUUCCUUGUAACACUGGAUAAAUGCUUCCUGGCUCUGAGUGCUUUGGACUGUGUGGAUAUCCUAAGCCAGGUUUUGCACGUGUCAGCGGUGAACUAUCUCCAACCUGAUGUCAUUGGGAGCCUCCCAGACAUUCUGCUGGAGGAUGCUUUCAGAAACCUAUCAUCAUUAUUCAAGGACCUCUAUGACAAAACCUCAGCAAAUACUCAGAGAGCUCUGUAUGGCUGGAUGAAGCAGAUUCUACAGAAAUCCUAUAACAGGAGUGACUUCAAUGAAUCAACUUCUUGGGUCAGUGCAGAAAGCUUAUGGAUUUUGGGAAGAUUCAUGGUCCAUCUCCCAUUAGAAGAAAUUCUGAAAAUUAGUCUCAGUGAAAUCAGACUGUUCAUUAGCUACGACAACGCGACAAAGCAGCUGGACACGGUGUAUGAUAUCACACCAGAGCUUGCACAGGCUUUCCUGGAGAGGAUAAACUCAUCAGGAUUUGAUAUGAGGAACACUUCAACCAUCUACAGGCUGGGUUUAUUGGUUUGCUUUUAUGAUGACCUGGAACAGAUGGAUGCAGCUGUGGCCCGGGCUUUACUUCAUCAAAUGAUUAAAUGCAAUCAACUGAGAGGUUUCCAGGCUGAGGUUCACAAGCUCAAAUCCCAACUCCUGAACAUUGCCAUGCAAAACCAGACAUUGAAUGAUACCCUUGGAUCUCUGUCAGAUGCUGUGGUCGGACUAACUUCAAGUCAGCUGGAAUCUCUGUCACCUGAAGCAGUGCAUAAUGCUAUUGCAACAUUAAACCAAGUCUCUGGCUGGGCAAAGAGCCAAGUUAUGAUUUUAUCCAGUAAAUACCUCUCUUAUGAAAAGGUGUUAUCAUUCCAUAAUGUCAGUCAAAUGGGUGCUUUGGUAACAGGCAUCAGCACCCAGUCCCUGUACAGCAUGAACCCAGGGGAGCUCUCCCAGCUUAUUCGAGGCACAACAUCCCAGCACUUGUCUGACUUAUCUCCUGCCCAACAACAAGGGAUCCUCAGGAAGAUAGCUGCAUCUGGAGAUUUUUCUUCAUCAGUCAAAGAGAUACAAGGAGCUUUCUUUAAAGAAGUAUCUCUUUCUGGUUUAUGGAAGCAGACUGGAUAUAGUUCUUCAGCAAUGAAAGAAAAAGAACUAAGAAGAAGCCAGGCUUUGUAUCUGUAUGAAUUACUGUCUAAGAAAAACUAUCCUGUUGACCUUCUAAGCACAGGACAGCUUGUGAAAGGAGUAACUUGUCAACUCAUUGAAAGUAUGGGCACAGACAUAUUUUUAAACAACUUUAAAUUCUUUGAAAUGAAUCUUCAUCUGCUUUCUCCAUAUCAGGUUAAUUGUUUAGCUUGGAAGUUUUGGAAGGUCUCCAAUGCAUCUAUUCCUCCCUUCCUCUUACUGGUGCUUCCUUCUGAGUACCUGGAGUUCGUUUCAGGCCCUUUGUGUGUCCCUUUCAUUGAAAGUCUGGGGAAGACUGAAAUGGACCUUUUGAAUCCAGGCCAUCACAAAAGGAAUGCUGUCCUGCAAAAAGUACAGGAGUGCUUGAACGGCUCUGUGGCUGAUGAAUAUGAUGUUGACCUACUUGGAAAUCUAAUCUGCCACUUACCUCCAGCCUUUCUACAAGGCAGAGUGUCCCUGAAGGCAAUGGCAACAGCCCUCCAUCAAUUCAAACUCUGCCAACAGCUCAGCCACGAGCAGAAGACUGAAAUUAAAUACAAACUCCUUGAGUUAUAUGGCUCCUCAAACAACUGGACAGCAGCAACAACAUUAGAUGUUGGACCAUUCAUAGCUCUUCUGUCAAAGGAGGAAUUAAAUGUCCUUGCUGAAAAGUUCCCAGACAUCAUUUUACAAAUAGCAAAGACAAUUGGACCAGUUUCUUCAGCUGAAGAGCUUUUAUCAACUGUGUUUCAGUUUGUCUCCAAUGCCACUGCCAACACCCCCUCAUCUCUCACCACACCUGAUUGCCUGGGAACCAGAGUUCCUUCUUCAGACGAAAUAAUUAAAUUAGCAGAAGCAAAUAUCUUCUGGUCAGAUCAGGAACUGAAAUGCAUGGACCCAGGGACUUUUGACAAAAAUGUGGAACUUCUUGGGACUGUGUCAGGUUUUAACAACUCCCAGCUUACUGCCUUGAAGGAAAAAGCUAAGCAGGUUUGGGGGUUGCUGCCUGACUGGAAGAGUUACCACAUUGUUUCCCUGGGCCGCAUUGCUCUGGCCCUCACUGAGCACGAAAUCCAAGAGCUGGAUUUGCAUUCCAUCGACACUGUUUCUGUACUUAGUCAGCAAACAGAGUGGACUCUUACCCAGGCAAGAUCUAUUUUGGAAGGGUUUCUAGAAGACUCUGGCCAGACCAUCAGCACACUGAAAAGCUUUGAUUUAGUUGGAUUAGGAGCUAUUCUCUGUGCUUUGAACUCCACAGAAAUCAUGUCCAUAAGGACUGCUGAAUUCAGUGCUGCAGUUGCAAGAAUUGGCCUGUUGGUUUGUAGCACCCCUGUUCUGAGGCAGUUUAAGAAGAUGACAGAAUCUGUGUUUGGUGCUGCUACCAGCUGGAAUGGCUCUGUCUUACAGGAAAUUGGUACUAUAGCAGGUGGUUUGAAUGAGGAUGAAUUAAAAGCUUUUGAUAAAACCUUAAUGCCGUAUUUCCAGCCAGCAGCAGUGAGACAUAUACCUCCUGAAAUUUUCCAAGCAUUGUCCCCAGAACAAAUAGCAAACCUGGGCCCUGAAAAUGCCGCCAUGGUUACAGGAUCACAGCAGGAGCAUCUGGAUGCAUCCCAGCUCCAGAGCCUGAGGCUGGCGCUGGACGGAGCCAGGACCAGCCCCCCCGAGGCACAGAGCAGUGCAGGGUCCACCCAGGAGGUGCAAACCCCAGCUCCAAGUGGUGCUCCUUGUUUGAGCAGCUUUGGCAUCUGGUUGUGUGCUGUGUUUGCACUGCACCUGCCUUUCUGAACCCAUGAUUGUGAAUCUGGAGAGUCCUGGAGCUUACAACAGAUAUGCUAGAGAAAAAGAGUUUCAGCUCAGCAUGAACAGUAGAGUCAAGAGGCUCUGAGACUUCUGAGUGUAAAGUGAUUAAUUUUUUAAAAGCAACACACUCAUCUGCCAUCAUGCUGAGAAUUAUCUCCUUUCCAUACCUUUACCAUUAGCAAGUAACUCAGUAUCCCUCCAAAUACUUCAAAUUUCAAAACUGAAAUGGUCUGUCUGCCUCAUGAGAAAAUCAGUGAAAGAUAAGAUUAUGUGUGGGGAAGGAACCUGAAUGACCUGGGGGCAAGUAACAGGGGACUGCUAUUUGGAGGCUUAUGUCUGGUACCCAGUGCUUUUUACAUGGGCUAAUUUGUCCACUCUAUUGUACCAGUCUGUUGGGUUUUCUUCUUCUACUUCAAGUGUACAUUCCCUGGACAGGGGCGAUCUUUCUGUGUGAUGUAGUAGAAACUGCACUAAAAGUUACUACUAUUGCAAUAAAAUAACUUCUGGGCUGCUGGUUUAAAUCUUGCUCAGAUAAGAAGUGAUAACACGUUUUUAGAAUUUAAGCACUUGCACCUGUAGUUCCCCAUGGCUGUUUGUGUUUGACACAGAACUGGUGACACUGAGGGCAUUGGCAAUAUAUUAGUAUUUCAUGUGAAAAAAAUGCACCAUGGAAACCUGCUUGUGUUCAUCAAGAGACAGUCCCUUCACUUCAGGCAGGGUUGAAGUGUACAUCUGGGAAUGCUAAGGGAAAACUGUGCACUGGGUCUACAUACUACUAAGACUGUCAAGCCUCUGCAUGUAAACAUACAUUUUGAUGCUGCUCAUCAUGAUUUUAUGCCAAGAAUUCAUGGUACAGUUUUCCAUUUUGCCAUUUAAAAAGUCUUUCUCUUUUCUAGAUUAAAGAAGGCAAUACACAGACUGAAAA